UCUCUACAAUUAACCUGACCCAUGAAGAUCGCCCCUCCGGUGGAUUUAGCUGGACUCGCGAAACACAUUCUUUCCAAUGAGUGUCAAUCGAUUGCCAUUCUAUCCGGUGCCGGCGUGUCGGUCGCGUCGGGAAUUCCCGAUUUUCGUUCACCCGGGGGAAUGUACGAUACACUCCGACCGGAUCUUAUCACCGCGACCGAACGGGAACGAGCCUUGAUGCGUAGAGAUCCGACGUACGUAGUAUCGUGGGAAAUCUUUCGACACAAUCCCUUUCCAUAUCUGGAAGUGCGACGACCUUUCAUUUUGGGUACCCAAGAGCAAACCUGGAAGGCUACUAUUGCUCAUCGCUUCGCUGAAUUACUGCAUAUCAAGACAAACAAGUUGACAAGAGUUUAUACACAAAACAUUGAUGGGCUUGACCGUCAAUGCGUCCGCAUUCCAGCGGAAAAGAUUGUUCCGGUUCAUGGCACCAUGUCACGGGUCGCCUGUGAAGGAUGCGGCCAUCCCGCCGACUACGAAUCUUUUUGCGAAAAUGUACGACGCAAUACAAAGGACAUUUAUCAACAAGACAAGCAGGCCCCGAAAGAAUCUUCCCACAUUCUGUGCGAAAAAUGUCGGCAGCCGCUCGUAAAACCGACUACAGUCCUGUUUGGUCGAAAUCUUCCAGGCGAGUUCUUCCAGUGUACGGAGCACGAUCUACCAGAUUUGGAUCUCCUCAUAAUUGCCGGAACAUCACUGGUUGUCUCUCCAGCCAACAGUCUCGUGUAUAAAAUCCCUGGCGACACAAUUCGAGUGGUUGUCAAUCGAGAGCCGGUAGGUUUCGAUCUAGGGAUCGACUACGGCCCCAGUCGAGCUCGUGAUUUUUUUGCCCGUGGUGCCUGUGAAGAUGUGUUCCUGGAGCUUAUUAAACUACUCGGGUGGAAAGAUGAUUUGGUGGCAUAUGCGAGUGAUCUUCCGCCGUCAAGUACUGCGUUGAUCAAUAGGAAUGCAAACUAUGGAGCCUCGUGA